AUUUAAACAAAAUAUGUAUAAUCUUUCUGUGAAAAAAAUUGAAAUUGGAGAAUGGCUUAAACUAAACUUUCCAAACAAUGUUUUAAAAAUGUCCUGCAUUACAAACUUUAAAAUGUAAUGAAUGUAAAAAGUUAAAAUGUUCAUCAAUGAUGUUAACAAAAAAGAGGAAAUAAGAAAUAUAGCUACAAAACAGUUGCGGAAAUUAGGAAUUAAACAACGUGUAAAAAAUUCGAGAUCUAGCACACAGAACUUGAGAACUAAAAAAUUAUUCAAAGUACAUCUCCAAAAUCUUGAAAAUGAAACAAUUACGCUUACCAAUGGACAGCAAUUGGUUGUACCCAAAAGACUGUAUGAAAUGUGUUCUUAUAUUUUAUCAAAAGUGGACACAGAAGGCCUUUUCAGAAAAGAAGGUUCCAAAUCAAGACAAAAUGAAAUUAAGCUAUCACUGGACCGCGGGUGUAUGUUGGGAACUGAGCAUCAUGUUAUAGAUGUUGCUGUAGUACUUAAAUGUUUUCUUAGAGAGUUACCUGAGCCUUUGAUUCCGUACCCUUUUCAUGAACUAUUUAUAAGAUGCUCUAUAAUAGAACAAAAAGUAGAAGCAAUAUUAUUGGCUUGCCUCUUAAUUCCAACAGAAAAUUUAAGUGUUCUUGCUCUUUUAAUGCAGUUUUUCAGUGAGAUAGCUGUUCACUCAAAAUUUAACAAAAUGAACUCCUACAAUCUUUCUCUUGUUAUUGCACCUAAUAUAUUUCCAUUGAAUGAGAAAUUAGCUCCAAAAAAUAAGCUUAUGCUGAAGAAGACUUGUGAUAUUUUAAAAGUUAUGAUUGAUAAUUCAAAUAAUAUAGGUCUUAUACCAGACUAUAUUCUUGAACAAGUUGGAAAUUUGAGACCUGGAGAGUUAAAUAUUUCAAAUAAAAUAAAAAGACGAAGAAGUGGAUCAUUAACAAGAAUUUUUAAUGGUUUAAGAAAAAUAGUAACAAAUAAAACAGAUGACAUUGCUGCAGUUAAUACAGUAACCCCUGAUUUACUUUUGACUCCAUCAAUAAAAGCUAUCAAAAAAAGCACCACUGAAACAAGUUUAGCAAAUCAGAAAAUUCAGACAGUCAACAACAAAAAAACCAUGCUGGUACGAAGAUGGUCUGCCAUAACUUCAGCUGCCCAUCUUAAGAGAAAAAAAAGAAAUUCAUUUAUAGGCCAUAUCCAGGAAACCGGUAGUUUCAACUCAUCCAAAGAUUAUGUGCGUGUUCCCAAAGUAGAAUAUGAAGAAAUUAAAAACAGAGUGUCUGCUAUUGAAAAACGUCUGUCCUUGGAAUUAGAAAAUGCCCAGUCCCAAUCGACAGUAGUACACAAUGAAGUUAAUAUUAUCCAUGGAAUACAAACAGCUUAUGAACAGACCCUUGGGCAGACUGAACCUUUAAGUCCAGGCACUGAUCAACUGGCGAGAAAAUUAAGCAAAGAUUUGAAGAUCAGAAAUUCAGAUCAAAAAAUUAUCCGAUCUCCGAGUGCUAGAAAAAUAGGUAAUAUAAGGAGAAGGUCUCGUGAAUUGGUUAGAAUCAAUUCUCUGCAGCAUAUUUCUAAAGAAUUAAAAGGCACAAAAUUAACACGAAGUGUCUCGUCUCCUGUCAGCAACAAUAUUUGUAUAAAUGCUAACGUAUUUGGUACCCCUUCAUUUACCAGCAACACCAAUAUUACUUUCAAUUCUACCGGAGAUACAGUAAACAAUUAUAGCACAGAUUGUAGUAAUUUGGGUAUGAUCAUAGGCUCACCUUCAUCAAUAAAUAUUUCUGACAAAAAUUUUCCAAGAAAUUCAUCUUUAAGGAGGGAACGUCGCGUUUUGAGACGUAGCGGGAAUAUCACUCCUAAAAAAACCUACCUAAAGCAGAAAUAUAAUAAUUUUGAAGGUCGUCAGUUUUUCGAAGUCAAAGAAGAGAACAAAGAAAAUAAUUUGAUGGGAAAGCAAUUUUCUACUCCACUGCCUCACAUUAAGAGGGCACUGCCAGUCAAAGGAACUCCAAAAAGGUUUUGUACUACUCCUAAGGGGACUACUAGAAGUACUCCUUUAAGGGUAUUGCCUAGUACGCCUUCAAAUAAUUUUUGAUUACUUCUAAUUGUACAAUACAAGCAAGAAAUGACCCGCGAGAUGUGUAGGAGAAUAAAUAGAAUAACCAGAGACAGAUCGAAAUACUUAAGUGAGUUAUCACCUCCAAUAUAUACUUUUGCCAAUGUGUAUCUAUUUCUCCUGGGCCCUCUUCUCACUUGUUCUGUUGUACUUAUUUUUAAAACAAAAAUUAAAGAUUGUCGAUUAUUUUAAAAAUAUGCAAGUUGCAGAAAUUCGUAUUUCAAAAAUCAAAAAACAUCAAUUUGUGUACUUUUAUUUAUCCUUUUAACUGGUUUUUUAAUUUUUGAAAUCGAAUAAAAAAUCAUUUUAAUGAGUACAAAGUUUUGGAGUUUCUAUUCAUUAUCUGAGAACCCCCUUAAAAUUUACAUGUCCAUAUUGUACUUACAUUAAUUUUGACAUUUUUUAAACUUGAUAAUUAUAGCAUGUUUGUUUUAUAUUUUGUAUCUAAUAUUAAAAUAUUGAAUCUCACUUAAUAUUAAUGUGUCAGGAUGAAGUCUUUUUUUUUUUGUCUAUAAUAAGCAUUAGACUCACGUACUGACUCAUUUUUAAAUAGUCUGAUUACUUUUUAAUAUAUCUUAUUCCACUUUAUACAGAGUGGGCUACCGGUAACGCCUCGGCCUGUAGAGCCAACCUUAAUUGUUUCUUUUUAAUCUGUUUCACAGCGAAAUGUACGGAGUGGCCCAAAAGUCUGGAAACGGCCAAUUAUCUCGUGAAUUGCUAAUCCUAAUUGUACAAAAUUUGGAGUACACCUAUUUUGGGAUACGGAGAUUCCUGAUUUGAU